CCAAAAAAAAAAUUAAUAAAACCAAAAAAAAUUGCAAAAUCUUAAUUUCCAAAGCAAAAAUAUUGAGAGACUCGUAAGAAAAAUUUGAGAACUGAAAAAGUAAAACAAAAAGUACAACAAAACCAACUAAAACAACAAAAGCAAACAAAUCAGCAAAGACGCAACGCAGCGUGUGAAGCAUUAGCUGCCACGCCUACAGCCGCCCGCCCUAAAACACAAUUCGCCACAGCAGCUAAGACUGAGCUGCGGACGUUUCAGCCGCAAAAAAUUUCAAAGAAAUUUUCCAAAGCACAAAACGCCGCGCAAGAGAACGAAAGAGAGAGAGAGAGAGAGAGAGAGAGAGCGAGAGCGAGAGCGAGAGAGUGCGCAGAGUGUCGAAAGACAGUGAGCAAGAGAGAGAGAGAGAGAGAGAUAGAGACAGCGAAAGCGACAGAGAGUGAUAAAGAGUGAGACAACAUAUAAAAGUGUGAAAGAGAAAACACUAGUCGAGUUUCAAAAACUGCGACAAGUAUUUUUUUUCAAGUGUAUUUGCUAAAAGAAUUUUUUUUGCGUGCCCCCCCGUUUAAUUAACUGUGAGAACCGAAAACAGCAACAACAACUGUGAUGGGAGAUCGGCCAAAACCAAUAACCAAUACUACUACAACUACAACAACAACUAAUACCGCUGGUGAGGCUGUCGUCAUGGCAGCAGCAGCAACUCCAGCCAACGAGCCCGGUCAGCAGGCCGUGGAGGCGCCCGCUCCAGAUGCGCCGCCUGUGGCUCAAGCGGAUGCUGCCCAACUAGAUGCGGCUAUGGAUGCCGAUGCCGGCGGCGGCGGCGGCGGCGGCGAAGCAGCAGAUGCCGAUGCUGCUGCUCUUGCUGCUGCUGGUGGUGGUGGCGAUCCAGGCGAUGGAGGCGUAGACGAUGCAGCCACCGAUGCUGGGGCUAGCUCAUUGCCACCAUCGGAGAUUGGCGGACGUCCACCGUUGGAUACGGCCUGCUCGGAUGGCGGUGGCCUGUCCAGCUUGGCCGGCGGCAUGGUUGGACCGCCGAGUCCGCUAACCGGCUGCUAUCUGCUCAUCAUCUUGGGCGAGCCGCACUCCGAGGAGCACAAGGACAACAUCUUGCAGCAUUUGCUCAAGGGUUUCGUCUCCUGGGACGUUGCCGAUUGUCAUGUCGACUUGGAGGAGGAGCUCAAUACAAUAACACAACAUGCACCCGAGGGCGAGGAGGCGCGUCAUGGCGAGCGGCUUAUACAAUAUGCCAGCGAGAAUCUUGUGACAGAGGUGCUCAUCCAUCCGCAAUACAACACACUGAUCCAGUGCAUGCGUAAUCUGCUGAGCAGCUUUACGCGGCAUCGUCACAUAAUCCACGCUGGUUAUACCUUCACCGGGAACGGCUCUUGGAUACUACAGGAUGGCACCUUUUCGGUGGCUGACUUUGCUGAGGCAUUCCAGGAGCACGACGUACAAAGGGUCAUACGGGCCUAUGCGGACACCAUCAGCAUGAAUAUACACUGUGCCGAUGCUGGUCUGUGGCACACGCUGCCGGAUAAGUCAUUUGCACGCCAGUGCAAAAUACGCAUCAAUCCGGUCGAUGUGCUCGAUACCAGCAGCGAGUAUAUCAAUGGAUUUAUAGAUUAUCUGGCGCCCAUGCUGGUGCCAACCUCGCUGCGUGAGCUGCUCGAGACUUCGGAUGUGGUGGGCAACAUACGCUUUACGCAUCCCACGCUCUAUGUCUUUCCUGGCGGUCAAGGCGACGCUGCGCUCUUCGGCAUUAAUGGCUUUAAUAUGCUGGUUGAUGGCGGCUUUAAUCGCAAGGCUUGCUUUUGGGACUUUGCACGGCAUUUGGAUCGCUUGGAUGCGGUGCUAAUGACGCGUUUAAACAACAGCAAUGUUCAAGGCUUGGGCGCUGUCGUUGCACGUAAGCGUGACUCGCAUGUCUAUCCUCAAAUUGGACACUUCUUUGGCAAUGUGCCCGACCGCAAGGGCGGUCUGCCCAGUCCCGAUGGCGACAAGGAUCGCAAUCCACUGCUUAUUGAUCUCUUCGAGCGUGGCCAUGGCCUCGUCAAUGAUCUCAAAUCGCUGGACUUGAAGCCGCAGAGCUGCUAUCGCAACCAGGAGCCAAUCAAUCUCUACCACAAGGUCGGCCAUGGCACGCUGGACAUGUAUGUGAUAAGUCCUUCGCGCGAUUCCAAGGAGGUCAAGGAGUUUCUGCAAAAAUGGAACGCUGGUGAUCAGCGACUCUUCGCUGCACGCGAUACCAAAGAGUUUAACUUUCCGAUGCAGAACCUGGUGUCCAUAUGUGCGCUGCUUGUUUGGCAGCCAGCUAAUCCCGAUGACACCAUUACGCGCAUACUCUUCCCGGGCAGUACGCCGGACUUUAAGAUUCAAGAGGGCCUGGAGAAACUCAAGCAUCUGGAGUUUAUGAAGCACUCCACCUGCACGGCCAAGUCCAUUGCACCAGCCAUACAAACUGUACCCAGCGUACGCAAGACGCUCAAGUCUGCCAUUGAAUCCACACCGCCCAGCGCCAGCUAUAAGUCACACAAAUUCGGCCCUGUGGCUGCAGCUGCUGUGGCCGUACAGCAGGACAACAAGGCCAAGGAGGAGAAGGCAGCAGCAGCAGCGGCGGCGGCAGCGGCAGCUGCUGCGGCUGUAUCCAGCGCGCAAAUCGAAGACUCCACUGUACAAGCUGCAGACACUGAAGAGCCAGAGGCCGAGCAUGCAGUAGAUACAGGUGAUGAGGCAGUGCCAGAGCCUGUGGCAACAGCCGCCGAUCACGUCGAGCAGGAGGAUAACAAAGAAGCAGACGAGGAGCUAAAGAAGGAAGCCAAGACAACAACCAAGGAUGCAGUAGAUGCCAGCGCUGUCGAAGCUGGCAGCAAGAGUGCCAAGGCUGCUAAAGGCAAAGUGGAGAAGCCACGCGCAGAAGUGAAGCCAGUAGUGCGCUCGCGCAUCGACACCAAGCCGCCCAGGUCCAUGGAUCGCAAGCUGGUCAAGCGUGAGGACAAGAAGAGCUCGCCCACGGCAACGCCUGCGGCCAGUCGCACGCCAGCCACUCGUGAUGUCAAGCCCAAGGUCCUGACGCGCACCACAAAAUCCAGCCCCAGCAGCACACCAGCCAAGAGCGCCAAGGAAGCCAACAAUCGCAAAGUGCUCGAGUCUAAGCAGCAGGCGGCAGUCGCGCGUCAGAGCACAACCAGCACACGUCGCACUGUCAGCAGCAGCACGCAGGAGAAGAAGACCCAGCAGACGGAGGCAAAGAGCACGCAGCAAACAACGACGCAGGCCGCGCAACGCAAGCCCAUCUCGAGAAGACCACGUGGUGUGUCACCCUCGAAGCGAGCGCCCGCACCAGGUAGCCCCAUUAAGUCGGCCAAGCCUAAAACUGAUUUGAAGAAGACGCGCUUGGACAAGGGUGGCACCACGGACUCCAGCCUGGUAUCCACGCCGUCUGCAGAUGAGGCUACGGCGGCUAAAAAAUUGCUGGAAUUAAGCGCCUCACAGGAGCUGGAUGCUGAAAAGCAGCGUGAGCUGGAUGACUUGAAAGAGGAACAGGAGGUAGUGCGUGAAAUCGAGGCGGUAUUCAGUCGUGAUGAGAUGAAGCGACAGCAGUUGAUCAAGGCGGAGCUGCGUGAAAUGGCCAAGCAGGAUAGCACAACAGAAGCUGAGGAGGAGGAGGAGUACUUGAUAAUUGAGAAGGAAGAGGUCGAGCAGUAUACGGAGGACUCAAUUAUUGAGCAGGAGCAGGAGAGUAGUAUGACAAAGGAGGAAGAAAUCCAAAAACACCAGCGUGACUCUCAAGAAUCUGAAAAGAAACGCAAAAAGAGUGCGGAGGAGGAGAUCGAGGCUGCCAUUGCCAAGGCUGAGGCUGAGGAGCGCAGAGCUCGUUUGGAGGGCAGCGAGGCGGCCAGGCAUGAGUUGCCAGAUCAGCUGGCUACGCCUGAGAAAAUCGAAAUCAAGGCCGAGGUACAAGGCAUCAUCGCCACUGCCAAGGACAUUGUCAAGUCUCGCACUGAGGAGCCACAAAUGCUGGCCAAGGUUGCCGAUGAGGAACUGUCUUCUCCCACGCCAGAAGAAAAACUGAGUAGCGCCAAAAAAACAUCGGACACCAAGGAUGAAGCACCAGAAGCAUUGCCCAUCAAUCUACAAGAGAGUCUUCCAGAGGAGAAAUUCUCCGCCACUAUUGAAUCAGGUGCAACAACGGCACCCACCUUGCCUGAAGAUGAGCGCAUACCAUUGGAUAAAAUCAAAGAGGAUUUGGUUAUCGAAGAGAAAUAUGUUAAAGAGGAAACCAGAGCAGUGGAAUCCAUUGUUGUGGCUACCGUAUCAGUGCCCAUUGCAGCGACAGCAGCUGCUGCUGUCAUUAUUCCAGACUUGACUAAAAUGGAGGUAGUCGCAGAACCCAUUAUCACUGGUGUGGAUUCUGGCGAACGUGUGCUGCCAAAAAAAAUGACUUUCGAAGCCCAACAGAAUUUGAUGCGAGACGUGAUUAAGACGCCAGAUGAGGUAGCCGACUUGCCUGUUCAUGAGGAGGCUGACUUAGGACUUUAUGAAAAGGACUCACACGAUGCCAAGAGCAUUUCUCAUAAAGAAGAAACGGCUAAAGAAGAAAAGGAGACCGAGGACGAAAAGGAAACUAAAGAAAUAGAUGUUGCAGCAGAAGCAGAAGACAAGUCUGAACCACAUAUGCUGAGUCCAGAAAGAAGAGCAUCCAAUCUUCUUCAUGUCGAGAUACUAACCGAAGUGAUCGCUUCUCAAGUUGAAAAAAUAAUUGACUCCAUUCAGCAAUCCGCUGAUAAACCAGAAGAGACUACUCAGAUCGACAAAAAAUCGGACGGAACUUCAGAUGAAAAAGAAGCCAGUGAAAUUACUUCUGAGGAUGAGUUACCGCCACACCUAGUACAAGCCCCUGUUGCACCCACGAAAGUCAAAGACCGGGAAGACACGAUAUCAUUGGAGAGUCCGGCAACAAUCGAAGAAGCAAUCGAGGUUGACAUGCAGGUUUCUAAGCAAGAAGGAAAACCACAAUCCAAGGCUGGGACAAUACUGGAAAUCUCACUUCCUGAAACACAAGUGGGAGCAGUCAAUAUAAAAGAAUUGCAGAGUGAGCCGAAGUCGAAAGAUAUCGUACAAGAUGAAUCAAGUGAGCUCCAAAGUCCCAAGGAUGAAACGCCCAUUCAAUCUAUUCACCGAGAAUCAAUUACUGAGGGCAUUAAGCCGGAGAGCUUAAAGGAUGAUAAGUCCCUACCAGCAUCUAAGGAAGUAUCUAGGCCCGCGUCAGUUGCAGCAAGUGAAAAACCAGAAAGCGAGAAGGACGAUAAGUCCAAGGAUCCUUCAAGACGCGAAUCUGUUGCAGAAAGUAUUCAGCCAGAAAGUGUGAAGGAUGACAAAUCAUUGCCCGCAUCUAAAGAAGUUUCCAGACCCGCAUCCGUUGCAGAAAGUUGUGAAGGAGAAGUCGUGAAGCCCGAAGCGAUAAGGAUGACAUCUAAGGAUCCAUCAAGACGCGAAUCUGUUACUGAAAGUAUAAAGCCAGAAAGUGUAAAGGAUGACAAAUCCAUGCCAGCAUCUAAAGAAGCUUCCAGACCCGCAUCCGUAGCAGAAAGUGUGAAGGACGAAGCUGCGAAGCCAGCAAGCGAUAAAGAUGACAAGUCUAAGGAUCCUUCAAGACGCGAAUCUAUUGCUGAAAGUAUAAAGCCAGAAAGUGUGAAGGAUGACAAAUCAUUGCCAGAAUCUAAAGAAGUUUCCAGACCCGCAUCUGUAGCAGAAAGUGUGAAGGACGAAGCCGUGCAGCCCGAAAGCGAUAAGGAUGACAAGUCUAAGGAUCCAUCAAGACGCGAAUCUGUUACUGAAAGUAUAAAGCCAGAAAGUGCAAAGGAUGACAAAUCCAUGCCAGCAUCUAAAGAAGCUUCCAGACCCGCAUCCGUAGCAGAAAGUGUGAAGGACGAAGCUGCGAAGCCAGCAAGCGAUAAAGAUGACAAGUCUAAGGAUCCUUCAAGACGCGAAUCUGUUGCUGAAAGUAUAAAGCCAGAAAGUGUGAAGGAUGACAAAUCAUUGCCAGCAUCUAAAGAAGCUUCCAGACCCGCAUCCGUAGCAGAAAGUAUGAAGGACGAAGUCGUGAAGCCUGAAAGCGAUAAGGAUGACAAGUCUAAGGAUCCUUCAAGACGCGAAUCUGUUGCUGAAAGUAUUAAGCCAGAAAGUGUGAAGGAUGACCAAUCCCUGCCAGCAUCUAAGGAAGCUUCUAGACCCGAAUCCGUAGCAGAAAGUGUGAAGGACGAAGCCAUGAAGCCCGAAAGCGAUAAGGAUGAUAAGUCUAAGGAUCCUUCAAGACGCGAAUCUGUUGCUGAAAGUAUAAAGCCAGAAAGUGUGAAGGAUGACAAAUCAUUGCCAGCAUCUAAAGAAGUUUCCAGACCCGCAUCUGUAGCAGAAAGUGUGAAGGACGAAGCCGUGCAGCCCGAAAGCGAUAAGGAUGACAAGUCUAAGGAUCCUUCAAGACGCGAAUCUGUUGCUGAAAGUAUUAAGCCAGAAAGUGUAAAGGAUGACAAAUCCAUGCCAGCAUCUAAAGAAGCUUCCAGACCCGCAUCCGUAGCAGAAAGUGUGAAGGACGAAGCUGCGAAGCCAGCAAGCGAUAAAGAUGACAAGUCUAAGGAUCCUUCAAGACGCGAAUCUGUUGCUGAAAGUAUAAAGCCAGAAAGUGUGAAGGAUGACAAAUCAUUGCCAGCAUCUAAAGAAGCUUCCAGACCCGCAUCCGUAGCAGAAAGUAUGAAGGACGAAGUCGUGAAGCCUGAAGGCGAUAAGGAUGACAAGUCUAAGGAUCCUUCAAGACGCGAAUCUGUUGCUGAAAGUAUUAAGCCAGAAAGUGUGAAGGAUGACAAAUCCCUGCCAGCAUCUAAGGAAGUUUCCAGGCCCGAAUCCGUAGCAGAAAGUGUGAAGGACGAAGCCAUGAAGCCCGAAAGCGAUAAGGAUGAUAAGUCUAAGGAUCCUUCAAGACGCGAAUCUGUUGCUGAAAGUAUAAAGCCAGACAGUAUGAAGGAUGACAAAUCAUUGCCAGCAUCUAAAGAAGCUUCCAGACCCGCAUCCGUAGCAGAAAGUAUGAAGGACGAAUCUAAGGAUCCUUCAAGACGCGAAUCUGUUGCUGAAAGUAUUAAGCCAGAAAGUGUGAAGGAUGACAAAUCCCUGCCAGCAUCUAAGGAAGUUUCCAGGCCCGAAUCCGUAGCAGAAAGUGUGAAGGACGAAGCCAUGAAGCCCGAAAGCGAUAAGGAUGAUAAGUCUAAGGAUCCUUCAAGACGCGAAUCUGUUGCUGAAAGUAUAAAGCCAGAAAGUGUGAAGGAUGAUAAAUCAUUGCCAGCAUCUAAAGAAGCUUCCAGACCCGCAUCUGUAGCAGAAAGUGUGAAGGAUGAAGCCGUGAAGCCCGCAAGCGAUAAGGAUGAUAAGUCCAAGGAUCCUUCAAGACGCGAGUCUGUUGUUGAAAGUAUUAAGCCAGAACAUGCGAAGGAUGACAAAUCCCUGCCAGCAUCUAAGGAAGCUUCCAGACCCGCAUCUGUCGCCGAAAGUUUGAAGGACGAAGCUGCAAAGCCCGAAAGCGAAAAGGAUAGCAAGUCCAAGGAUCCUUCAAGACGCGAAUCUGUUGCUGAAUGUAUUAAGCCAGAAUGUGUGAAGGAUGACAAAUCCCUGCCAGCAUCUAAAGAAGCUUCCAGACCCGCAUCCGUCGCCGAAAGUGUGAAGGGCGAAGCUGCGAAGCCCGAAAGCGACAAGGAUGACAAGUCCAAGGACCCUUCAAGACGCGAAUCUGUUGCUGACAGUAUUAAGCCCGAAAGUGUGAAGGAUGACAAAUCCCUGCCAGCAUCUAAGGAAGCUUCCAGACCCGAAUCCGUAGCAGAAAGUGUGACGGGCGAAGCCGUUAAUCCCGAAAGCGAUAAGGAAGAUAAGUCCAAGGAUCCUUCAAGACGCGAGUCUGUUGUUGAAAGUAUUAUGCCAGAAAGUGUGAAGGAUGAAAAAUCCCUAUCAGCAUCAAAGGAGGCUUCCAGACCCGCAUCCGUAGCAGAAAGUGUGAAGGACGAAGCUGUGAAGCCUGAAAGCGAUAAGGAUGAUAAGUCCAAGGAUCCUUCAAGACGCGCGUCUGUUGCUGAGAGUAUUAAGCCAGAAAGUGUGAAGGAUGACAAAUCAAUGCCAGCAUCUAAAGAAGCUUCCAGACCCGCAUCCGUCGCCGAAAGUGUGAAGGACGACACUGUGAAGCCUGAAAGCGACAAGGAUGAUAAGUCCAAAGAUCCUUCAAGACGCGAGUCUGUUGCUGACAGUAUUAAGCCAGAAAGUGUGAAGGAUGACAAAUCAUUGCCUGCUUCUAAAGAAGCUUCCAGACCCGCAUCCGUAAGGAAGCUUCGAGACCCGUAUCCGUAUCAGAAAGUACGCGAGUCUGUUGCUGACAGUAUUAAGCCAGAAAGUGUGAAGGAUGACAAAUCCCUGCCAGCAUCUAAGGAAGCUUCCAGACCCGCAUCUGUCGCCGAAAGUUUGAAGGACGAAGCUGCAAAGCCCGAAAGCGAAAAGGAUAGCAAGUCCAAGGAUCCUUCAAGACGCGAAUCUGUUGCUGAAUGUAUUAAGCCAGAAUGUGUGAAGGAUGACAAAUCCCUGCCAGCAUCUAAGGAAGUUUCCAGGCCCGCAUCCGUCGCCGAAAGUGUGAAGGACGAAGCUGCGAUGCCCGAAAGCGACAAGGAAGAUAAGUCCAAGGAUCCUUCAAGACGCGAGUCUGUUGCUGAAAGUAUUAAACCAGAAAGUGUUAAGGAUGAUAAAUCCCUGCCAGCAUCAAAAGAAGCUUCCAGACCCGCAUCCGUAGCAGAAAGUGUAAAGGACGACACUGUGAAGCCUGAAAGCGACAAGGAUGAUAAGUCCAAAGAUCCUUCAAGACGCGAGUCUGUUGCUGACAGUAUUAAGCCAGAAAGUGUGAAGGAUGACAAAUCAAUGCCAGCAUCUAAGGAAGCUUCGAGACCCGUAUCCGUAUCAGAAAGUGUGAAGGACGAAGCUGUGAAGCCUGAAAGCGAUAAGGAUGACAAGUCCAAGGAUCCUUCAAGACGCGAGUCUGUUGCUGAGAGUAUUAAGCCAGAAAGUGUGAAGGAUGACAAAUCCCUGCCAGCAUCUAAGGAAGCUUCGAGACCCGUAUCCGUAGCAGAAAGUGUGAAGGACGAAGCUGUGAAGCCUGAAAGCGAUAAGGGUGACAAGUCCAAGUAUCCUUCAAGACGCGAGUCUGUUGCUGAGAGUAUUAAGCCAGAAAGUGUGAAGGAUGACAAAUCCCUGCCAGCAUCUAAGGAAGCUUCGAGACCCGUAUCCGUAGCAGAAAGUGUGAAGGACGAAGCUGUGAAGCCUGAAAGCGAUAAGGAUGACAAGUCCAAGGAUCCUUCAAGACGCGAGUCUGUUGCUGAGAGUAUUAAGCCAGAAAGUGUGAAGGAUGACAAAUCCCUGCCAGCAUCUAAGGAAGCUUCCAGACCCGCAUCCGUCGCCGAAAGUGUGAAGGACGAAGCUGCAAAGCCCGAAAGCGACACGGAUGAUAAGUCCAAGGAUCCUUCAAGACGCGAGUCUGUAGCUGAGAGUAUUAAGCUAGAAAGUGUGAAGGAUGACAAAUCAAUGCCAGCAUCUAAAGAAGCUUCCAGACCCGCAUCCGUAGCAGAAAGUGUGAAGGACGAAGCCGUAAAGCCCGAAAGCGAUAAGGAUGACAAGUCCAAGGAUCCUUCGAGACGAGAGUCUGUUGCUGAGAGUAUUAAGCCAGAAAGUGUGAAGGAUGACAAAUCCCUGCCAGUAUCUAUGGAAGCUUCGAGACCCGUAUCCGUAGCAGAAAGUGUAAAAGUCGAAGCUGUGAAGCCUGAAAGCGAUAAGGAUGACAAGUCCAAGGAUCCUUCAAGACGCGAGUCUGUUGCUGAGAGUAUUAAGCCAGAAAGUGUGAAGGAUGACAAAUCAAUGCCAGCAUCUAAGGAAGCUUCCAGACCCGCAUCCGUAGCAGAAAGUGUGAAGGACGAAGCCGUGAAGCCCGAAAGCGAUAAGGAUGACAAGUCGAAGGAUCCUUCAAGACGCGAGUCUGUUGCUGACAGUAUUAAGCCAGAAAGUGUGAAUGAUGACAAGUCCUUGCCAGCAUCUAAGGAAGUUUCCAGACCCGCUUCCGUCGCUGAAAGUGUGAAGGACGAAGCCGUGAAGCCCGCAAGCGAUAAGGAUGACAAGUCUAAGGAUCCUUCAAGACGCGAAUCUGUUGCUGAAAGUAUUAAGCCAGAAAGUGUGAAGGAUGACAAAUCAUUGCCUGCUUCUAAAGAAGCUUCCAGACCGCAUUCCGUAGCAGAAAGUCGUGAAGGACGGAAGCGUGAGCCCGCAGCGAUUAAGGAUAACAAUAUUAAGCCAGAAAGUGUAAAGGAUGACAAAUCCAUGCCAGCAUCUAAAGAAGCUUCCAGACCCGCAUCCGUAGCAGAAAGUGUAAAGGACGAAGCUGUGAAGCCUGAAAGCGACAAGGAUGAUAAGUCGAAGGAACAUUCAAGGCGCGAAUCUGUUGCUGAGAGUCUAAAAGCGGAGAGCUUCAAGGAUGACAAGUCACAGCCGGCAUCUAAAGAAAGUUCUAGACCUGCAUCGGUGGCUGAACUGAUUAAACCAGAAAGUGAAAAGGUUGAGGAUAGCGUUCUUAUAAGUGAAAUUCAGACUGCAACUGCAUCGUCUCCCAUUGAAAAAGCAGCUCACGAUUUGGUUGACUUUGGACUUGACCAACAAAAAUCUGGUCACACAGACAAGAGUCUUCCAACGAUAUCGAGUCCUGUUGACAUAGCUCAUGGAAAGUUCUUGUCUGAAGCACCGAAAGCCUUUUUGGAUGAUCCUUUGCCCAUCAAGCCUGCAGAGCGUUCAAUAGUUGGUGCAUCAGAUACCGUAUCAAGUCCUCUGGAUGAGGCACCCAGCACUUUAAUAGACACAACUUUCAGUGAGGCACCGGAUGCAAUCGAUCCUUGUGAAGUAAAAGAGAAAAUUGAUAUAUUAAAUCUUGAAUUUUGUGCGGAAACAUUAUCAUCCCCAAUUGAACAUGCACCAAAAGAUUUUAUAGACUUACAUCACGAUGAAAAAAUUAUAUGCGGGGAUUUGGAAUCGUCAAAAGUGUUUCCAACCCUUUCCAGCCCGGUUGAAGUUGCUGAAGGUGACUUUACACGCGUAUCGGCAAAUCUUACUUUCCAGUCUAUAGAGCCUUCAAAACCUGCAGAACGUUCUUCGAUUGCUGAAACCGCUUCGACUCCGUUAGAUAAAGCUCCGAAAGCCAUCGCAGACAUUGAAGAGACUGACAAUGUUAUUGAUCUCUCAGAACCAGAUUCUGCCUUAAAAAGAGUUAUUGAUGAUAUUAAAAAGCCCGAUAGUGAUAAAGAUGAAAAAUCCCUGCCAGCUUCUAAAGAUGUUUCACGGCCAGAAUCCGUUGCAGAAAGCGUUAAGGAAGAUCCCCUAAAGCACGACUCACGACGUGAGUCGGGUGCUGAAAGUUUAAAGGCAGAGAGUGCGAAAGAUGACAAGUCUCUGCCAGCUUCAAAGGAAAUUUCACGGCCAGCAUCUGUUGCAGAGAGCGUCAAGGAAGAAACCAUAAGGCCAGAAAGCGAUAAGGAUGAUAAGUCUAAGGAUCCUUCAAGACGCGCAUCUGUUGCUGAAAGUAUUAAGCCAGAAAGUGUGAAGGAUGAAAUGUCCCUGCCAGCAUCUAAGGAAGUUUCCAGACCGGCUUCCGUCGCUGAAAGUGUGAAGGACGAAGCUGCGAAGCCAGCAAGCGAUAAGGAUGACAAGUCUAAGGAUCCUUCAAGACGCGAGUCUGUUGCUGAAAGUAUAAAGCCAGAAAGUGUGAAGGAUGACAAAUCAUUGCCAGCAUCUAAAGAAGUUUCCAGACCCGCAUCUGUAGCAGAAAGUGUGAAGGACGAAGCCGUGCAGCCCGCAAGCGAUAAGGAUGAUAGGUCCAAGGAUCCUUCAAGACGCGAAUCUAUUGCUGAAAGUUUAAAGACAGAAAGUGUGAAGGAUGACAAAUCCGUGCCAGCAUCUAUGGAAGCUUCCAGACCUGCAUCCGUAGCAGAAAGUGUGAAGGACGAAGCUGUAAAACUGGAAAAUGAUAAGGAUGAUAAGUCUAAGGAUCCUUCAAGGCGCGAAUCUAUUGCUGAGAGUGUUAAGGCGGAGAGUUUGAAGGAUGAGAAGUCUCUGCCAGCUUCAAAGGAAAUUUCACGGCCAGCAUCCGUUGCAGAGAGCGUUAAGGAAGAAACCGCAAAGCCAGAAAGCGACAAGGAUGAUAAAUCCAAGGAUCCCUCAAGAAGAGAAUCAGGUGCUGAAAGUGUAAAGGAUGACAAAUCACUGCCAGCCUUUAAAGAAGUAUCAAGACCUACGUCUGUAGCCGAAAGUGUGAAAGAUGAAGCUGCGAAACCAGAGAGUGAUAAGGAUGAUAAGUCAAAGGAGCCUUCAAGGCGCGAAUCUGUUGCUGAGAGUGUUAAGGCGGAGAGUUUGAUGGAUGAGAAGUCUCUGCCAGCUUCAAAGGAAAUUUCACGGCCAGCAUCCGUUGCAGAGAGCGUUAAAGAAGAAACCGCAAAGCCAGAAAGCGACAAGGAUGAUAGAUCCAAGGAUCCCUCAAGAAGAGAAUCAGUUGCUGAAAGUGUAAAGGAUGACAAAUCUCUGCCAGCUUCUAAAGAAGUAUCAAGACCCACGUCUGUAGCCGAAAGUGUGAAAGAUGAAGCUGCGAAACCAGAGAGCGAUAAGGAUGAUAAGUCAAAGGAGCCUUCAAGGCGCGAAUCUGUUGCUGAGAGUGUUAAGGCGGAGAGUUUGAAGGAUGAGAAGUCUCUGCCAGCUUCAAAGGAAAUUUCACGGCCAGCAUCCGUUGCAGAGAGCGUUAAGGAAGAAACCGCAAAGCCAGAAAGCGACAAGGAUGAUAUAGCCAAGGAUCCCUCAAGAAGAGAAUCAGUUGCUGAAAGUGUAAAGGAUGACAAAUCUCUGCCUGCUUCUAAAGAAGUAUCAAGACCCACGUCUGUAGCCGAAAGUGUGAAAGAUGAAGCUGCGAGACCAGAGAGCGAUAAGGAUGAUAAGUCGAAGGAGCCUUCAAGGCCCGAAUCUGUUGCUGAGAGUGUAAAGGCAGAAAGUUUGAAGGAUGAAAAGGAAAUUUCACGGCCAGCAUCCGUUGCAGAGAGCGUGAAGGAAGAAACCGCAAAGCCAGAAAGCGAUAAGGAUGAUAAAUCUAUGGAUCCUUCAAGGCGCGAAUCUGUUGCUGAAAGCCUCAAGCCAGAGAGCUUAAAGGACGAUAAGUCUCAACCAGUUUCGCAGGAUGUAUCAAGACCCCAUUCUACAGCAGGAAGUGUGAAAAGCGAAGGAAAGGAGAGUCCCCGCCCAGAAUCGGCUGCUGAAAGUAUAAAGUCAGACACUAAAAAAGACAGAGAAUCACCGAUGGCAUCACAAGAGUCGUCCCGCCCUGGAUCUGCUGCUGAUAUUCUCAAAAGCGAAAUUGCCAUGCUAACAUCUGUUCCUGGAACAGCAUCAUCUCCUAUUGAAGAGGCUCCAAAGAACCUAAUCGAGCUUGAGACUGUUGGAGCAGAACAUUUUGUUCUAAACUUAUCAACUGCUGAAUUAAAGGGAGAGCUUCCAACACUAUCAAGCCCUGUGGAUGUAGCGGAAGGUGAUUUCGCUCAUGUCAUAUCGACAAGCUCUUCAGGAUUUAUUUCCUCAGAGCAACCAGCUGAACGAGCCAAAGUUGGUGCUGCCCAAACUGCAUCGAGUCCUGUUGAUGAGGCAGCUCCCACGUUAGAAGCGAUUGCAGAACAUAUCACACCUGACGCAAGGGCACCUACCGAAUUGAGUGACAAUGCUGGCGCUAAAGGCAGUCUGGACUUGAGCGGCUUUUCAGAGCUGCGCGAAACCCAUAUUACCACUGUGGACUCACCAGAAUUUACAGUAACAAUUUGUGAACGCGAUGAGCCCAUACUGCAUGACAUCAAAGAAGAAGAUGAAGAACAUAGAUUCUCCCCACCUACAGAGAAGGGGGUUAUACUGCCCGAGCAGCCUAUUCGACCACUGUCGCCACGUGAAGAAGAGGUGGCCAAAAUUGUGGCUGAUGUAGCAAAGGUACUAAAAUCUGAAAAACCCAUAACUGAUAUUAUACCAGACUUUGACGAAAAAGAGCUUGAAGAGAAGCUAAAGUCAACUGAAGUCGUAGAGACUGUGCAGAAGAUUGGAGUUCAGCAUACGCCAGCUAGUACACCUGAAUCCACAUCGGGCAAGCCAAGUCCCUUGAAAGAGCUAGCACUGGAUGAAAAGCUACUGGAGAUGAAGAUAAUGAAAGUAGAGAUUGAAUCUGAAAAGUCUUCGCCAGAUCUUAAGUCCGGGCCCAUUUCAAUCGAAGAAAAAGACAAAAUAGAGCAAUCAGAAAAGUCACAAUUGCGUGAAAGCGUCGCCAAAGCAGCAGCUAUUGAUGAAACCAGUAAAGAUGCUUCCAGGCCAGAGUCAGUGGCCAGCCAGCGUGGCACAGAAUCAAGACCUGACAGUGCAGUGAGCCACAAAGAUGAUGACGAUCUAGAUGAGAAAGCGAUGAUAGCGAUACCUAAAGAUGCUUCGCGGCCCGAUUCGGCUGCGAGUCAGGCUAGCGCGACUUCCACAAAGUCAAAGGAAGCAGCUGCAGAGACUAAGCCAGAUACUAAAGAAACCGAAUCUUCGCGACCAGCCUCAAGUGCCAGCGAGGUAAGCGCCAAGGAUGAAGAAACCUCAGACUCGCAGCGUGAGUCCAUACAUAUAUCGACAAUCGAAAGCAAAAAGCAGGAGAAAACAAUCGAAUCAACAACGAUUUCGAAGUCUAUUGUAAGCCAAUCACACUUGAAGGAAGAGUCCAUAAGCGAAUCUCUGAGCAGCAGCAUGAAAGUAGAAGAUAGCUCACGGCGCGAAUCGCUUUCCAGCUUGCUGGCCGACAAGGAUGCAAGCAAGUCGGCUACUGCCACCAGCAGCAGCAGCGUCAAAGAGGACACUGAUCGUGUGACAAAGAUUAUUGAAAAGACAACAACAUCACAGCUGGAGGAGCUGCUGGUGCAGUCAGAGGAAUGCUCAUCGGAAUCGGUUGUGAGUGAGAUACACGCCAGCAGCAGCGUGCUGAAGUCAAGUCAAGGCACCAGCACCAGCACCAGCAGCAGCACCAGCAAGGAGCAGGCAACCAGCAGCAGCACCGUAGAGGAAAGCAGCAAGGAUAGCUUGAAGGAAACAGUGGCCGAGUUCUUGGCCACAGAGAAAAUCGUUUCGGCCAAGGAAACGUUCAGCGCUGAGGCCACCAAAACAGCCGAAGAAUGUCUUAAAAAGGUAUCCAGUGUAAGCUCAUCUCAAAAAGCUUUGUUUGUAGGCACAGAUGAGUCGCGACGCGAGUCGCUGCUUAGCCACACCAGCGAGGGUCGCCAGACGCACAGCGAUCCGGAGGAGGAGGACGAUAGCGAUGAUGAUGGCCGCGUUAGCCUCAAAGAGGGUCGCUCCAAGUCCAUUGCUACCAUUAUGAUGACCAGCAUAUACAAGCCCUCCGACGAGGUUGCAGCCAUUGCAGCGCUUGCCGAGGAGGAGGAACAGGAACAGCAUGAACACGAACAACAGACUCAGGACACAGCCACAUCCACAGCUUCCACAACUACAAAGACCACAACACUAGUGCAGUCCAGCGAACAGUGCAGCAGUAGCAGCAGCACCACAAAGAUUAGCUCUACAGACACGAAGACUAAGGUCGAGUCCAUAACACUGACACAAACACAAAACGAGCCACACCCGACAGCCACAGAUAGUAAAACACCGCCCACAGCUCCGGUUAGUCCUAGUGUGAAGCCAGCGGCUGCCGCAGCCGCAGGCGCAGCCACAACCGUUGGCAUUGCAACUACAUCGAGUGCGGCUAGUGUGGCGUCCACCUCGGGCCCGUUGUCGCCCAAAGACAUUAGUGGUAAGUCUAGUCCUGGUGCAUUAACUUCUGAAAGUCAAUCCAUACCAACACCGUUAGGGCGUGAAUCACACACCGAGACGCCAGAGUCGUCACCCAAGCCAACGUCGCCGUUCCCGCGCGUCUCCAAGGACGAGCUGCAAUCAUUGGAGCUAACAGCCGAUGACGAUGUCGAUGUUGAUGCCGAUGCCGCUGAACUGCUGCCGGAGCUGCUGCCCGAGCUGCGCGGCAUCGAGAGCAGCACAGCGCUGAGUGGCAGCACUGAAAAGAUCAUAACCACAACCAUAACCACGGUGACCAAGGUCAUAUCAGCCGAUGGCAAGGAGAUUGUAACCGAGCAGAAGACCGUGACCACCACGGACAGCUCGGAGCCGGAUAGCGAGAAGGUGGUGGUCACCACAACGCGCACAACCAGCGAGAGCGAGAAGAGCGACCGCGAGCGUGAGCAGAUGCUGCCCAAGGAGGUGGCCAUGCUGCGCGGCAUUUAUCGCUCCAGCACACCCGGCAGCGAGGAUGAGCGUCUGGCCGGCGGCAUGAGCGACGAUGAUGGCAGCUAUGAGCUGCAGCGCUCCAGUUCCGGUGUAAGCAAGCGUUCCGAUCUGGACGCCGAUGAUAGCCAGGAUGAUAUACCGCCACAGUAUGGCAGCGAGGAGCACUCGACGGCGCGCAGCAUUCAACCACGUGCCGGCGCCGGCGCCGGUGCCGGUUCCGGUGUCGCCGCUGCCGCCGAUCCCAUGGCCACAUCCUUCUAUGGCACGCUGCCCGAAAGCUUUGGCGCCAAGCCCGGCGCCAGCAGCACGGAGCCCAUACCCAUACGCGGUGCCAUGCUGGUGAGCUAUACGGAUUCGCCGCCGGCCAGCCAGUCGUCCGAGAGCGUCGAGAGCAGCAGCCAGACCUGGGCGGGCCACAAGUUUCUGGAUGAGGCCGACAAGGACUUCCAGAAGGCGCUCGAGGAGCAUGUGCAGGCGCGCGGCGCCGAGGUAAUGUCUUCCGUGACAGCCAAAUAUUCCUACUCGCCCUCCAAGGCCGAGGAGGUCGAGCAGAUAGUCAGCAGCACAGCCGAGCGGCAGCGCUUCCCGCUCAGCGAUGUGCAGAAGCGUAGCGGCGACAGCGAAGCCGCCGCGACAGCAACAGCAACAACAACAGCAACUGGAGUUGCAGCUACUACUGAAGCAGCUGCAGCUACAACUGGAGCAGCAACCACAACAACAACAACAUCAGCAGCCAGUUCAAGUGGCGGUGUGGGCGCCAUUCCCAAGGAUCGCUUGGAGGAAUGGGGCAAGCCACUUGGACUGCCAUCGCCGGCACCCGUCGAGGGCGGCGACAUACGCACCACACCAAAGAAGGAGCGUCGCUUGGUGGCCACCAAGACGCGUUUGAACAAUGAGAAGAACCUACGCAAGCGUAGCGAGUCACCCAACAAGGCCAAGAAACCCGCACCCGUCUAUGUGGAUCUGACCUAUGUGCCACACAACGGCAACUCCUACUAUGCGCAUGUGGACUUCUUCAAGCGCGUCCGUGCCCGCUACUAUGUCUUCUCGGGCACUGAGCCCAGUCGCCAGGUCUACGAUGCACUGCUCGAGGCCAAGCAGACUUGGGAGGACAAGGAGCUGGAGGUGACCAUCAUACCGACCUACGAUACGGAUGUGCUGGGCUAUUGGGUGGCCGAGAACGAGGAGCUGCUUGCCAAGCAUCGCAUCGAUCUGUCGCCAUCCGCUUCCCGUUGCACCAUCAAUUUGCAGGAUCAUGAGACUUCGUGUUCCGCGUAUCGCUUGGAAUUCUAGGCCACGGGCUUGUUUAUUGCAUUCGACGAUGACUAAAAGCUACUAACAACAACAACAGCAACCAGCACAGCAAACAGCAACAACAACAACAGCAACACAAUGACAGCAACCAUUUUGAAAGGCAACCAUGUAAACUGAAUGGGCGCCAGCAGCAGCAAUCAACAGACAUGACUUUGCAGUUUUGAGCAAUACGACAACGACUAGGACAACAACAACAAGAACAACAACAACAACAAAGCUUGACAUGCAAUAUGCAACAUGCCACAACGUGCGCCACAAACAACACGAAAACCAAAGAGUUAAGGAAGAAAGAAGAAACACAAACCAAAGAAAUCCACAUUAAAAGCAAAAUAUGGCGGAGUAACGGGUCAUUCGAUUGACGCCAUUUUGUUUGCCAAUGCCGUCUAUUAUGCUUUUUUGCCAACUCUCAGUCUUUUUUCCUCCAACAACAAAAUGCAAGCAAAGCAAGGUAAUUAAUAAAUAUAUUUAUUUCCAAAAAUUAAUUACUGACAAACUGCAUUCAACAAAAUACCAAAGAAGCAAAGCGUGCCACGUGCCACAAAUAUAUAACUACGUAAAUAUUAUUAAAAAAGAAAAAACAAAAAAGUAAACAAAGUAUAAAAUAUUUACAUAACUACGCAUAUUUGUAUGUGUUAUGUAUGUGUGCUUACAUAAAUAUAUAUGUAUCUGUUGCUUUCAGUCGAUGUCAAGCUACCUUGCUAAGUAAUCCAAAGAUCAAAAUUGUUUUCAAAACCGCAUAGCUAAAAUAUACACGUAUUCGAAAAGAAAAAGUUAAAACAAAUAAUUGAUUGUGAAUUCUAUAUAGCAUAUAUAUUAUUAUGAGUAUUCAUGUUUAAUGUCUUAGUGCAACUUUUAUGAAAAACAAAAAAAAAAAAACAAAGAGAAAAACUAUUGAGCAAAUUCCACAUAUGUAUUUGAAUUUUAAAAAUGAAAAAGUUUAACAACAAAUAAUAUUUAUAAUGAAAAUGCACCAGGCUAAAGCACAAGCCAAUGAUAAUCAUAUUUUUUUGUAAUCAACAAAACAGUUGAUGAAUUGAGUUGAAUUAAUUGCACACACACACACACACACCAAUACACACACACAAAUUGUUAAACUUUGAUGCUAACGAAAUGAAAGAAUUUAAAUAAUAAGUAAAUAACGUUACUAUACGUAAUUUGUCGUUUAUAACAAUGUACUCUCGUAAAUUAAAUCAAAUGAAUAUUGAACCAAAUAAUGAACAAAAUGCAACCUUAAAUGAACGUGCCUCUCCCCAUAAAUGAAAUGCAAAUGAACAAUACAAGAGUCUCUCAUACUAAGUAUUUGAAUUAGUUUAACAAUUUACGCUCAUCAAUAUUUGUUGAAUUUCAAUUUGUUUUACAAACAUAAUCAUAAUACUCUACUAUAUACACAUUAUAACAAAAUAGCUGAAGAAUUCAACACAAAACUAAACUAUACAUAGCUCGUGUACGCCUGACAGUAAAAGAUUGUACCGUUAGCUAGAGAACUAGCCGAUGAUGAGUUGAGUUGCGUUGCGUUAGUGUCGAUAGAUUGAUGAGAACGAUUGAUCAACGUUGGAUCAAUGCUGAUGAUUGCUGUUGUUGGUGAUAAAUAACAAGCUAAUGAUGUUAAUGCUGAUAUUACUAUAUAAGGUUUACAAUGGGGUUUGACUGGUAUAACACGCUAUUGAUAGGAAUAAAGAGCAGGUUUUUGUGCUAGGAGUUAGGGUUUAGGUCAGGGUCAGGGUGUCAUUUAAACAGAAUAUUAUGAA